CCGAGGCUGCCCUGGACGCUGCGAGGAUCUCUUCUGUGGAGGAACACGGCGCUGCUGCCGAUUUAGGAGACUCUCCUAUGCGUACUAAACCCCAGGAGAGCAUUUACGGCCGCACGGUAGCGGAACAGGCGGCCGGGAUGGUGGCUGCUCGAACGAGCGGCGGGAAAGUCGGUGAAAUUCCGCGGCUGACUUCCGAUCUGGAGACCUUCUCGAAUCGCGGCCGAGAUUCAGCAGCGGAGCGGGAGUCAGAUGCAGCAGAGGGAGGGGCCACAGGGGGGGAGGGUGAUGCGGUCGAUACAGCGUCCGAGGAAGCGACGCUGCUUCGCGAGCGGUGCGGCGAGGAGCACGAGCCGGCGUGUCGCGCUUAUGGUAGUACGUUGUCCGGCGCCGCCGCUACUACUAAUUUCCAACCGAACGCUCGCGAGAACGAGGAGCAGCAGCAGCGGCAGCAGCACGAACCGGCGGACGGCAAGGAUGGUAAUUCCGAGGAGCAGCAGCAGCCGCGACGGCCGCCGCUAAUCCCGGGCUUGUCGGACGACGUAGCGCGCCUCUGCCUAGCGCGCCUUCCCCGCCGCAGCCACCGCUGCGCGCGUGCCGUGUGCCGCUCCUGGGCCUCUUUGCUCCGUUCGCAGGAGUUCUUCUCUCUCCGCCGCGCUAUAGGCCGCCACGAGCAGUGGCUCGUCGUGCUCGCAGGAGGUAGAGGCAACCGGCCGUUUCGAUUAGAGGCCUUCGAUCCGUCGUUACUGCCGCCGCCGUCGGUCCCGUCGCUCGUUAGCCUCCACCCUAUAAAGUCACACUUUCUGUGGGGGUGCCAGCUGGCGACCGUGGGACGCGGGCGGUACGUGCUGGUGAUUGGCGGCGCGAUCGGGACGGACGCGUAUCACACGCAGAACGCGGUGUGGCGGUACGAUGGGGUGACGGGGCGAUGGUCCUCUGCGGCGGGUAUGCUGGACGCGCGUAGUAACUUCGCAUGCGGGACGUUUGGGCGGUUCGUUGUCGUCGCGGGAGGGUGGGACGCGCAGCGGCAGCCGUUGAGGUCUGCUGAGGUGUACGACUCUGAGAAGGACACGUGGCACAGGUUGACUGGGUUGAACAGGCGGCGCGGGCAGUGUUUGGGAACAGUGUUUGAGGGGAAGUUUUUGGUGCUUAGUGGAGUGGACCGGAUUGCUAAUAACGGAACGACUAUAACGACGACGCUGGGGUGCUGUGAGGCGAUGGCUCUUAACGAGGAUGAAUUGGAACGGUUGGUGAGGGACAAGGAGAGGCGGGAAGAGGAGGAUAUGGCGAGGGAGAGAAAGGAAGAUGCAAAGGGAGAAGUAGGGGGCGAGAGAGAGGGCGAGAGAGAGGGCGAGAGAGAGGGCGAGAGAGAGGGCGAGAGAGAGGGAGAGAGAGAGAGCGAGAGAGAGAGCGAGAGAGAGGGCGAAAAGGACUGUACUAGGAACAGGAGCAAGUUGGGGAGCGGUGGGGAGUCGUGCGUGACAGUAGGAGCUGGGGAGGCGGUGCGAGGUGUCUUGGGGCACGAUGGGGAGAGGGGAGGGGGGAGAGGGCAAGACGAGGAGGAACAAGAGGAGGCGAACGUGGGUGGUGUUGAGAUGGGGAAGGCGUUUGGGAGCACUGGCGCCACGACCACUGAUAGUGUCACCACCAGGAGUGGUAAAGAGCAGGAGGAAGAGGAUGAGCAGGGGCAGAUGGACAAGGAGAAGAAGCAGAAGGAGAACGAGGGAGAGGAGGAGGAGGAGGAGCAGCAGCAGCAGCAGCAGCGGCAGGGGCAUGUGCUCGGGUCGGACGGGUCUCUCUCCUGGUCCAUCCUCGAGGCGGCGUGGCUGCUCGUGUCCCUCCCCGGCUCCCUCGCCGUGGUCGACAACCGCCUCUUUGCCGUUGCAGACAUCGCCUCCGCUCUCCGGGAAUUCGACCCCGACACCACCACCUGGACCGAUGUGCUCCAGGUGCCGUACCCCCAGAAGGGCUUUCAGCUGCUGGCGCUGAAUCAGGGGCUGCUGCUGCUGGGGGUGUAUGGGGGACACUGGCUGAUUCCGCAGAAGCUGCCGCUGGGUCAGGGCUUGAGUGUGGCGGCCAGGGUGGAUGGCGCGGUGAGGAGUGGUGUGGAGGCGCGGCGGCAGCGGCAGGCGGUGCACUGGGAUGGGCUGUCGCUGCUGCAUACGGACGCGCUUGCCUGGGCCACCCUCACGCUCUGAUGCUCAUGGAUACUCACAGCUUCUUUCUUUCGCUUAAUCGCUCCUUCUUUCGCCUUUGCAACUGGCUGGAUGUGCCAAUGCCAACCCACCACUCUUAGUGGGGGCCUUUAGCUCUCAAGAACUCAGCUCUCUUGAGCCUUGUAUCACGAGCCACACUCAGCCCACUCUCGCCCUCUCUCUCAGCCCUUGCCAUAUUGUUCUGAGAAUGCCAGAGAAAGGUAUUCCAACAGCAGCAGCCCCUCUCUGCAGCAGCCCCUCUCUGCGGCUGCCCGCUGCGCGUCCCUACCGCCACAGCGGCUGCCUAUUCCCCAUGGUGUUUCCUCCAUGAACUCCGUCCUUUCGAUGACCCACCCGUGCACUACCCCAAGCACGGCCCAAAUUCCCAGCCAGCGUAGAUUCUCAGUGGUGGUCAUCUGUGUCCUCCACUGCACCUGUAAUCACAGCCCCUUAGCGGCACUACGGUGCUAGCUACGUACUUGCCUGAAUCUCCAGCCGUGUUCCCUUCUAGCCUUUCCUGUUUGCAACACUGCCGCAAGUGUUAGAAUACUAGAUUUUAAUAUAAAACAAGGGAGAAC